AUGGGUGGUAUGCAGGAAAGAAUUACAACCACCAAAAAGGGAUCAAUUACUUCCGUUCAAGCAGUAUAUGUGCCAGCUGAUGAUUUGACCGAUCCUGCACCUGCCACUACAUUCAGUCAUUUGGAUGCAACUACAGUAUUAUCCCGCUCUAUCGCCGAACUUGGUAUUUAUCCGGCUGUAGAUCCGCUCGAUUCUAAAUCGCGAUUAUUAGAUCCACGAGUUGUUGGUGAAGAACAUUAUGGAGUUGCCACGGAUGUUCAAAAGAUCCUCCAGGAUUAUAAAUCCUUACAGGAUAUUAUCGCUAUUCUUGGUAUGGAUGAAUUGUCCGAAGAGGAUAAACAAACUGUUGAGCGUGCAAGAAAGAUUCAAAGAUUCUUGAGCCAACCAUUCGCUGUCGCUCAAGUGUUCACUGGUUUCGAGGGGCGUCUUGUUAAACUAAAAGAUACCAUUCGCUCGUUCAAGGAGAUUUUGGAAGGUAAAGCCGAUGAUUUACCGGAAUCUGCUUUCUAUAUGGUUGGUGAUAUUGAAGAUGCUAGAAAAAAAGCAGAAGAACUUGCGAAAGAAAUGAGUGGUCAAUAA